AUGGCUGCUCUACAACAAACUCCGAUCACAUUUCAAUCCCGAUCACCACCAUCAACCCAAAUUAUAGCCAGAAGAACAACAAACCUCUCAUUUUCUGGAGGUUUCAAGUCACUCAAACUCCCAAAAAUCACCGUCAAGGUCGCCGGAAGACCCCGCCGUCACGGUGCCAGAAUGGCCGACUCCGCCGCAGGAAGCUACGCCAACGCCCUUGCUGAGGUGGCGAAUUCCAAUGGAACCCUAGAAGCCACCUCGGCCGACAUGGAAAAGGUGGAGAAAUUCUUCUCCGACUCUGAAGUCUUCUACUUCUUCUCAAAUCCCACUGUCGACAUCGCCAAAAAACGUGAUGUCCUCGACGAAAUCAUCAGUUCCUCAAAUCUUCAACCUCAUACCUCAAAUUUCCUAAAUAUUUUAGUAGAUAUGAAGAGAAUCGACCUUAUUAGCGAGAUUCUGAAGGAAUUUGAGAUUGCUUAUAACAAAUUGACGGAUACGGAGCUGGUGAUAGUUACGUCAGUGGUGCAAUUGGGGUCGCAACACUUAGCGCAGAUAGCAAAAGGAGUUCAGAAACUUACUGGAUCGAAGAAUGUGAGGAUUAAGACUGUGAUUGAUGAGUCGUUGGUUGCUGGAUUCACGAUUAGGUAUGGAAGUGGGGCUUCAAAGUUGAUUGAUAUGAGUGUGAAGAAACAGCUUGAAGAGAUUGCUGCUCAGCUUGAUCUUGGCGAUGUUCAACUCGCAGUAUGA